AUGGUUGCCGUUGAAAAUCAUGCUAAUAAUGAUGAUGGAUGGAAAAUGCUUCAACCAGAUGUUAUAUUAUUUGAAACAUCGAUUUGGGAUCUUGAUAAACCUAUACCUCAUCCAAUUUUGGAUGAUCCAUCAAAAAUGAUGCGAAUUAUUGCAAAUCCUCUGUAUGAUAAAUUAACUAUAUCUCGUGCGGCUCAUAUGCGUAAACAUAAUCCAACACCAUGUAUGCGAGAAUCACGACAAUUAAAUAGAUCAAAAGAAAAAUCUAUUAAUAUACCAUCAAGACCAAUAGAAACUGAGCAAACUAUAAUAACGACUCUACCUGAUUUAAUAUCAGAAAUAAAUAAUAGUCAAGCACAGUCAAAUUUAUCAUCUAAUCGUCAAAAUCUACCACCAUUUCGUCUUCCAACAGCAUUAUCGUCAAAUCGAAAAACAUCGAGAAAAACUUCAUCAACUUCUCGUUCUCAUAUUAUUACUUCUCGUUCGACAACACAAUCUAUUCAAUCAGCAUUAGUUGAUAACGAUUCAAAUAUUCAAAAACCUAUAGCCGAUGGUACAAUUCGUUAUGUAAACAGUCGCCAUGGUUUUGAAGUCCAACGUUAUUCGUCAGCAAAUUGGUUAGCGACUGAUGUAUAUACGAAAGAUGCUUGUCAAGCACAUGAAAAAACUUUUCGUGAAAUGCUUGAUAAAAAACGUCAAAUUGAACGUUUAUCACGUAGUAUUUAUUCAUCUGACUAUUAUAGUAAACGAUGGCAUGAAUUAUUACAAUCGUAUAAACAAGGCUAUUUAACACAUGCAGAAUGGGCUAAACAAAAUUAUCAUUUAUAUUGUUUAAAAACUUUAUAUAGUCAAGCAAAAAAACGUGAACAAAACGAUAUUGACAUAGAUAAUCAAGAUUUACGUCGUGCUCGUGCUAAAAGUGCAUUUGAUGAAUGGCAAGAAAUAAAAAGUGAAGAGCAUUCUGCACAUCAUAGUCGUUUAACAACAGCUCGUAGUCAUCAAACAAUGGGAGGAAGAUCUGGUAUAGCAAAUAAUUCAUUUUCUACUGCUAUAUCAAAAACAACUGAUGAAAAUCAUACAACAUCAGUUGAUACAAAUCGUCGUAUGUCAAUAUCAACUAGUGGUGAUAGUGAAGUUCAAAGAAUAUCAAUAUAUCAACCAACAAUAUCAUCAAAAAAUACAUCAGCUAUACCAUCAUCAACAGCGUCAUAUAUAUUAGAUAAACAACGAUGGUCUUUACAAGCAAUGCUUAAACGUGUUGUUGGACUAGCUGAACCAUUACCUCAAUCAUCGAAAGUUCCUAAUCGUAAACAAUCACCAGUGACAAUUACAAGCACUGAUAGUGGUUUUGAAUCUGUUACUUAA